GAGGAAGAGACACGGAGCCGCGUUCAGUCAUAUUUACUCAUCUACUCUCUAUUUGGACAGUUGAGUUGAGUUUGACGCCGUUUGUACAUGAGAUUUUGAUCUGCGGCUGGAAAGGUUGACUCCGUGGACGAGAUGUUGGAGAAGGUCGCCUCGCAAAAAUGAACACAGGUGGGAUAACUUGUUCAAAAAUAAUGAGGGGAAGUGAAAACAGAUGAUUUCUUCUCUGUGAAAAGUGGACCAAGAGGGAAUUUUAAGGAAUGAAAACUGAUGAGGAGUUUUUGUUUUACAUUGUUAUUUCUGAUGUUUUCUUACAUUCCGAUGAACGAGGAGCCGGUGGGGGAUAUACAGGUUGUAUGGCAGAGCAAAGUGAGCUUCAGUCUGUUUCCAGUUUUGUUUUAGUCUAUGUGUUUAACUUUAAAGCGGUAAAAUCGUGAUAAAUUUAAGAAAUCUGUUGGUUUUCAUUGACGAAUCCUUAGACAGUUUUGCAGUCCUACUUCCAAGUCUACAGCCCAUUUAUUUUCCAACAAUAUUAAAUGUUUAUGCAAUAGGAGAAUAUCUUACAGUUUCAGGAUACAUAAACUAUACCAUUAUGUUAAUAUCUAAAUUUCAUUGUUGUGUUUUGGGGAAGGUAGAAGCUCAAUCUUACACAGGUAGCUACUUCUAUGGAAAUAAUUGAUAUGUAGUUACUCAUGUGUUAUCUAUGAUAUAGAUAUACAGUAUUGAUGGCGUGUGUUUUUUUAAUUCUUAUUUUUUGUAUCUGAAUUUAAAGUAUGAUUCACGGGGCAUUAAAUCCAGAUUAAAAGGAGUUUCUCUCAUUUCAAUAGCAGGAAGUGAGUCAGGGAAAUCCCUUAAAUUUUUUCUAUGCUUUCUCAAAGGAUGUAAAAUGGAUCGCUCAUACAAGGUCACUUGUUAAGUCCUUGUGAAUCUGCUUUUUUUAGUUUAGUUAGCUCUCAAAAAGAUGACAUUUGAUAGGUUUGACAGAGUAUUUCUUUAUGGUUUACUUUUAAGGAAUAAAAUGAUCAAACUGCAACCGCACGCCAGUAUCUAGAAACUUUUAGCAGCUUUAGGUCACAGGGACACAAUACAAUUGACCUGUAAGCUAUUUUAAAGCACAUAAUCUUACAGUUUCCUUUUCCUGUUUUUCUUUCAGACUGCACCAAGCCUUCUGUUGCCCCAAAGCCAAGGUUUGUUUGUCACAGCAGCCUGAAGUGGCCCUCCCCUCUCAUGUCUGCAGCGAGGGGUCCAAAACCCUCCAUAGCCCCAAAACCCAGAGUCACACCGGAGCUUAACGGCAACCAGGGGAAAUGUGUCAACGGCAGCUUUCUAACCACAGAUGAUGAAGCUGGUGAAGAGCAUGAGGCAGAAAACGGUUCAAACAAUGCUGGUACAAACAGUUCCUACAUCCUGCAAGAAGAAUUAGAGAAUGGUUCAUUUGAGGUAGAGAGCAGGACGACAACAAAGAUGAAGAAGGACGAGGAAGAUGACGUGCUCCAGGGGAUGGACGAGGACUGGAGGUUGACUGACAGUGCUGUCACAGAGGAGGUGGACUCCUUAGAAACCCUUUGGGUCAGUGAUGUUGGACUCCCAGUUAACUCUGAGGACAUGGUGGAGAUAGAGGACGCAGACAUGACAGAGAACAUGGACGCAGAAGGUCUGGACGCAGGUGAAGCUCUGGCUGAUAGAGAUGGUGUUUCGAUGGGAGACAUUUCUAUUAAUAGUGUUGAUGAGGAGGCAGGAUACUAUCCCACUGUAGAUCCACGUGUGAAAGAGAGGCAGGAAAAGGUUCAAAGUAAAGACGAUGGAACAAGUGACUGUACAGCAGAUGAUGUGACCGAGUCCCUCACGGAUGAACCUGAUCUAUUUAUGAAUGGUGCUGAUACCAACAUUUAUUCAACAGAGGGAGAGGAGAAAGAAGAUGAACCAGCUGCUGAUUGUAGUUUCACGUGUAAAAUCCUGAAGUUUGGUUGUGGCCAUAAAAUGAAGCAAAAGAGCAACUAUGAACAAGUCUAUGAUACAACCAAGAGUAAUUUUUCCGUCCAGGGGGAUCCACCUCAUGAGGAUUUAACCAACAGAGAGCUCAUACCCAGGCUCAGCACCGCUCUUGAACCAUCAGAGAGGCAACAUCUAUCUGGUGGCAGCCGUGGAGUGUUGGCUGACAAUUGUGAGGAAAGAGUAGAAAAUGGACAAAUGCAGUUUCUGUCAUCUGAGGACUAUGUUAAGCUUGGUAUAAAUGGGUCCAGCGACCACCCAAUAGAUGAAAACAUGGCAACAACAUGUCAGAGGGGGAUGACUUUUGAAAGUAGAGAACCAAAAGCUCAGACAGCUGAAGAGUUGCUGAAUCAUUUGGACUUUCAGCCAAGGUUCAGGCUGGUCUCCAUCUCAGUGCCAGCAAAUGCUGAAAGCUCCCUGACAUCUUCCCUCUCAGAGAGCCAGCUGCUUUCUCUGGAUGAUUCUGAUGUUUUUGGGGAUGAGAAAGACCUGGAUGGUCAUAUAGUGCCGUUUCUGGAUGACACCACCGAUACAGAGCAGGACAUCAGUGAUGAUCACGUCUAUGAGGAGCCAGGGCAAAGCUCAGAUGGUGAAUUUGUUUUUCCCUUUGAUAGGAGGAAAACAGAGUUGCGCUCCAGCUCACUGUCACACCACAGUAAUAAUAAUGUGACCAAGCCUUACAUAACUGGAUUUGGACAACCAGCAAUGAGCAGCAGCCCCAUGUUGAGCUCAGUUCUGCACAAGACCCACAACAAACCUCAUUAUUUGUCACUCUACCCACGCUCCCUCUCAGUGGAGGGUCCUAACCCGUCUUUGGGUGUCUACACUUACAGGGAAGGAUCCCCAAGACAAGGUGGAGCUAUUUAUUCAUCUGGAAGCUUUUCUCGGUGCUCACCUUUGUCCUCCAGUGGUCUGUCCACUCCGACAUCUUUGGCAGACAUCCCUCCUCCAUUUGAGCUGGCCUAUAUCACUAAGAAGCCCAUCACAAAGAGUUCCCCCUCACUUUUUAUCGAAGGAGACUCAUCUGAGAAAAAUAGGAAAAAGAAAUCUUCCAUUAAGCGCUUCCUGAUGCUGAAAUUUAGGCGGAAAACUGAGAGCAAACCUGUGGUUGAUGUCAGUCCAUCCUCUUUUAAGCCCUCAGUGGAGUCCAGCCACCACACUCAGAGCCGACUGCUGGAUCCUGAAAGACAUGCCACAAGAAGUUCUCCACAGCCGAACUCUCGCUUUACUCACAAAUCUCACUUUUCUUCAGAGCCAGCUUCCACCUUCUUGUUCUACCAUGACAACAAAAGAAAAGGGAGCUCCGUGGCCUUCUUGAAUCGCAGUGUUGUCCGGGUUGAGUCCUUUGAGGACCGCUCGCGUGUGCCUUCAACAUCUCUUCCCCUGACCAAGCCUCGCUCCAUCUCCUUCCCCAACACAACAGAUACCUCAGACUAUGAGAAUGUUCCUGCCAUCAGCUCGGAUUAUGAGAACCUGCAAGUGCCACAGCGGAGGCCUGUCCGACAGACAGCCUUUACAGACUUCUUUGACCGUCCCGGUCGGGUGCUGUCUGCUGCCAAUGAGACUGAUGGAUAUGUGGACAUGAGCAGCCUCCCUGGGUUUAAGAAUAAAACUCAGUUAUCUGAAGAGGAAGCAGAAAGGUAUGUGAGAAGACUAAGAGUCUACAGCCAUGCUAGCAUCUCUGUGAGGUCAAAUUUGGAAUAAUUCUUACAUGUUGAUGUUGUGCGGUCUUGAAGUUUAUUGUAGUUUGAUAUGUCAGGUACUGUGUUUAUUUAAUUCCUCUCAACACAAGGUAAAUCGCAGACUGAUGGAGAAGUUGUGGAGGAGAAAAAGUGAUGGUAUCUUCAAAGUCUUGUCCUGUAUUUCCAGGACAAGACUUUGAAGGGAUGAACAUCUGGUUGUCAACUCUAACUCCAUCAACAGUACAUAUAGGGUCCCAGCCAUAGCACUAGCCACCAAACAUCAUUUUAACUUUGCUUGAUUUCUUUAGCAAAGAGACUUAACACAACUCACCCACUCUCUUCCAGCAGCUUCUUUUUUUUUGUAGGGAGAGCUCAGACGAGUCCAUCCCGGAGUGCAGUUAGGUGCUGUUCUGAGCAUUAUUUGUGGCUAUAGAGUGGCUUUUUGUUUGAGGUGUGCGCAUGGAUCCGUAGACCUCUGUGUAUUGCUAUCCUGCGGUCGUUACUAAAGUUGGUAUAACUAGAAAAGGUCGGCAACAUUCAUCUCUCGACAGGGUGUCUGACUCUGUGUUACGAUGUGUUUGACCCUAACUUAAUUUUACGCUGGAAUAUCCCUUCAACGUGAGAGAGAAAAUUUUACAACCUGCUGAUCUGGACUUUUAACAGUCUUACCCUGCAAGGCCCCUCAUACAAAGUCCUGCUAAUAACAAAUAAGCUGAUGCGUGAACAACACAGUGGGUAAUUUUCUGGACCAUUCACAGUGACAGUGGGCAUGUUGAGGGCUCUACAUUUGGUCCACUGAGUUUAUGUUCUUUAAUACUCACCUCAACACACAAUAAGUUUACAUGCACAGUAAAGUCAAACUCAAAUAAGCAAUUUAACUGGACAAACCGCCCUUAAAGACCCACUCUGAUGAAAUUCAUGUUUUUCUUGUUUUUUAUAUGUUCAUAUGGCAUUUUUCUGGUGCCACAGGACAUAUCAUGAGAAAACUAAAUGCUAAUCGCUGUGUAUCUCUGGCAGACCCAAACGGCAGGUUCAGAAACAGUGAGAUUUCAUACGUAACCAAUCCAAACUCCGCCCCCGGAGCCCCGCUAUGCAGGCCACACUCUGCAUAUAGAAGAGAAAUACAGAGGACAAUCACGGAACAAGCAUAUGUGUAUGACAGAGAACAUGGACAUAUGCGUAGCGGAUUGCAAUGCUCGUAAGAAAGCUAAUUAUGAUAUUAGCUUUCAUCGUGUCCCUGAAGACAUUGGUGUCCGAGAGCUGAAUACUCCCUAUGUUACCUGCCACUUCUACUGCACAGGCAAUGUUAGGCUGCAAGCUAAAGUGAAGACCAGUGUGCAGAGCAGCGCUGUCUCCGCCCACGACUCAGAGGCGAAUUGCCAAUGAUCUACUGGAGCUCUGCAGAAGAAAGUCCUUCGUAAUCACAAUUUAAAGACCACUGAGGACACUUUAAGUAGUUAAAAAAAACCAUUGGAGUGGGACUUCAAGAAAGAAUUGGGUUAUCAUCAAGAGUCUUCAGCCUCUGCCAUGGUUCUCGGUAAAUGUUAGAAAGGGUUCAAAGUCUCUUUUUAAAUCAGUCAGUUAAGUCAGUAGAAUAUAUCCUCUGUACGAAUGUCUAUAGUAAUUUAACUUAAACUCCACUCAGUAACUUAAGUGUGAACCAGACUAAUGGACUGCCCACUCGCCCUGCCAUAACAAUGUAGCUUGCUUCUGUACGCUUCCAGUGUGUGUUUGUAUCAUAGGCUGGUUUGUAUAGAUUGAUGCUACCGGACAUAACAUUGGUGAUCUUUGCCAUUUUUGACACUAGACACAAGUCUUUUUUAUGAUUGCUGAGACACUGUGAGAGUUUAAUAAUGCCACCAGGGAGGAGAAUUUAUAACUAUUUAUUAUGUUGAGUCCCUUGGUGCUGCCUUCAGAGCAGAUAUGGUCGCCUCUAGCUGUGAGAUGCUUCUGCAGUCGGUGCUUGUGUGUUGUUGAGGCAUGUUGGGUGGUAGAGAAGGAAGCACUGGAGAUGAUGGUGGUGAUAAGGGUUGUCUUUUCAGUUCUAAGAGGACACAGACUGGCUUCAUUCAUUAGUCAUUCCAGCCUCCUGUGUUGACGCUGAAGAUGGACUCCUAGCCUUCCUGCUGUGGUGUUAUUUGUUGGUAUGAUCAGCCAUACUCUGCAAACAUUAACCCAUCCCCCCCUUACAUUCCUGCUGGCUGUGCCCAUAUCAUACAGACUGCUCCGGAUGAUUAAUAGUCAGAGCAUUGUGGAGUCAUUGCUCUUCUCUAAGCAGACCAGAACAACAGGCAAAGAUACAAUCUCAGUAUGUUCUGUAGUCAGCAGUUGUUCACUGCAGUGCUCCCCUCUCAUCUCCAUGGUCAUCUUGUUUGUGAAAAAAAAAGUACCACAAAGACUGUAAAAGUGAAAUUUUCAGUGAUUUGGAGGUCCAUUUUUUGCGUAUAGAAAUAUAUUUCCAUAGGCACUUAAACUGAUUUAUUACGUUUGUGAAUAUUUACUUCUAUUUCAUGCAUACGGCUCAAAAUCCAUAUCAUACAUAAUCUAUCAUUUUUGAUAAGGUUGAUUAUGCGCCAAAACAGUGAUACAAUGAAGAACUGAAACAUUGCGGUGGCCUUUAAAUCUUAUUUUCCUGAUCGAAGUCAGCAUAUUUAUAUGUGAAAGAGCAAAAAUAUAGCACAUGAACCUUGUUUUAGCUAAGCUGCUGUCAGUCUAAAUUAAACUUUUUACACCUCUGCUACAAAAAAGAAAGUUGUAUGAUUUCUAUACUUCACACAUUUAUCUUUUUGUGAAUACAGGAAUGUCUAUAAUCACAGCUGAGCAAUAUCCACUUGGACAACCAAGCCACUGGUAGAGGUUGUAAGUUUUACGGCAGCCUGAAGGGACAAUAUUAGCAGAUCAUAGUUUGGAGAUUGUUGGCGCCCUUACCCGAUCACUGCCAUGAUCCUGAGGCGAAAAGAAAAUGACUAUUUCUUAUCUCCUUCUGUAAUUCAUCUCCGUGGAUUUCCCCUCUAGCCCUCACACAAGGAGAAGUGACAGAGGCAGUUUGUGUCAAAGUGAUAUAAACGCCUAAUAUAGUUCUGCAUGUGUACUGUGUGGUUCUAGCACCCCCUGAUAUCUCAUCCAAAGUUUGAUCCCUUCAGCAGUAAUGGACUGUGCAGCUCUAAUGUGUGCAGUGCAGAGACCUGAACUGCUCGCAUAUGUUGUUCAUACGCAGCUAAUUUGCAUCUCAGUGGGACUAAAUCCACUGGUGCUUGGAGUGAAUCAUGGCAGGAUCAUUGGCAAGAAGUUUGGUCACAUAGACUGCAGCGCUACUGUAAGUUAAGGAUGUGUUUUUAUUUGCAUAGUUUACACCUCCUACUGAGCUGCAGUCAUUAGCAUAUUCAUUUGGGCUCCCUGCAGAAGAGAAUUGUAGCAUAAAAUACCGACAUGCAUCCCUAGUUGGGCACAGUUGUCACUGCAGGCCUUUGAGGAUAGGUUUAGUGGUUUCUCUAGAUCUGCUGCGUUUUAUCUAUUCGCUUUGGCUUCCGAUGCUGAAUAUGUUUAUUGUGGCGGUAAUUCAAUGUAGAUGAUCAAAAAGGACUGUAAAAAUGGCUUGGUUGGCUAAAUGAAAUUCGUUUGAUUCAUUUCUUCAUGAAUAAAAGCUCGAAGACAGAAAAAUGUGUGGAGAAAAAAACUCAGCCUUUGUUAAAAAAAAAAAGAAAUGCAACCGUCUAGAUAAGACCACGACCAAGACCUGUUGAAAUAAUAAAUGCAUUUCUGUUAAAUGGCUCCUCAUAUCCAAAAAAAAAAAGGAAAUUGACACCUUUGUUGGUCUUAAAGUUGCAAUUAGAUAACAGAAUCCCAAAAUGUUGCUGAAGCUAAGACCCUCAGCUACUGUAUUUUUCUCAGUUUAGAGUACAGACUGAAAAAGGGAAAUGCAAAAGAAUUCAAGACUUCACUGUUUCUGAAAUGUAUACACACUUAAUUUAUACUUGCGUUUACUCUUUCUGUCUCCCCAGUGCCUACACAGAAGCCUACAAUGUGUGCCCUGUGGCUCUCCCUCCACAAACUGUAUCAAUGGGUGAUGUUCAUGAAGAGACGGCAGGUGAGGAAGACCAGGGUCGCACCUCUGAGGAGGAAGAAGCAGGUGCAGACAGCAAUUACGACAGACAGGUUAGUUCUGACAAACCCCCUCUUUUAAAAAUAUUUUUCGUAAAAAUAAUAAUAAUAAUGAUAAUUCACAAUUAUGUUUCUCAGGGUAGAUGCUGAAUUUACCAAAUGCUAAGCAGAAAAAAACACUAUAUUCCAUGAACCAAACUGAACAAAAUAAAAUUAAUUGUUUUUCACCUUUGGCAACAGCACACAUUGCCCUCACAAGUCAGACUUUUAAUGGGGGUUAAUGGAGGAUAUGCUUUUGAAUGCUUUAGCCCUUUUUCACCCAAGGUUUAUAACAAGUAAAUAACACGACUGUUUACAGCCUGAUGGACGAUCCAGAGCCUUUUACAUUGCAAAGGAGCUGGUGGAUACAGAGAGAUUGUGAGUUACAUGAAUACUGAUUUUGCUCUUAAAACAGCAUUUGGUCAACAUACAGUACAUCAGGUUCCUUUCCUGUACACGGUAAUAAAACUUGUUUUUCUUCAUCUAUUUGCAGACAUGUGAAAGCCCUCAAGCUUCUGCAGGAGGUAAGACAAGAAUCUACUAUGUUAUAAUUUUCCAGUUCGCUAUUGAUAUGAUUCUCAUGUUCUCUGAAUUAUGAGUUUACCCUUUAGAGUCUGAGCUACAGUUGGGAUAAAUGCCUAACAAGGCUCAGGACGCGGUGGCUCAGUCAGGAUGGACUUGGUUGGGAACUGAAGGGUUAACUGGUUCAAGUCUUAUCUUAAGAGGAACUUUAUUCAUCCCGGUGGGGAAAUUUAACAUCAGGAAGCAUUCUUGGAUCUAGCUUUGAAAUUUGUCCUGGUUACUGCAGAGGUUUUGGUUCUCUUCUUCGGCACUGUAAACAUGUGCACCUAACCCCUAACUGUUCAGGGCGCUUAUCUACAGUGUGGGAUCUUGUUUGUGCAUGUUGUCAUAUUUCUGUCUGUGUGUUGAAUGUUUCAAUAGAGUGAAAAAAAUGUAUUUCCUCUAAGAGUACUGAUAAAAUUAUAGAGAUUUUAUUAAGAUUAUUUCAUAUUUCUUAGUUUGGGUUGAUCACUUUACGCCCCUUAACUUUUGGAGGUUUAUUUAGGAGCUAUAUUCUCCCAUUUUAUUUAUGUAAGUGAACUUCCAACAUACAGUAUUUCUAAGUAUUGCAGAAGUGGUCAUUUCAAGACAUAUUUUUCCACUCUCUUUCACUCUUACAUCCAAAGGCUAAACUCCCCCUCCUAUCUUCUCGAUAAAGGCUUAAAAAAAACUCUUAAGUUUAUCUAAAUCAGAAAAAGAUGGAGGAAAGUGUAGUGUGAGAUAUGCAGAGGUUAUAUUUGUUGAUUUUAAACACAAACCACAUUAAAUUUCUGUCAUCGUCUUCACCUGUGUACCAGGACUUUAGGGAAGCCGUGGGAGCAGCAGUGGGGGAUGAGGGGGACCCUGUGCUGGAUGAAGAGAGGCUUCGAGAGAUCCUCAACGAGCUCCCUGAUGUUUACACCCUCCACCGCAAAAUCCUCAAUGAGCUGGAGAAUCGACUUCGGAACUGGUAAAGCACUAACACCAUCUUGUACUCUUAAUACAACAUAUAGUCGCCUGAAAAUGAAUUACCCUCUGCACCCAUCCCUCUCCUGUGUGCUCAUUAAUGCAGCUGACAGAGUGUUAAAUGCAGCCUGAGGUUGUUUUUCAUCAUUCAGGGAAGAGAGCCAGAGGAUUGCAGACAUCUUCCUGUCCAGAAAAGCCGAGUUCUUGGUUUUUACGACUUACAUUGGCCACUACGACAGAAGUAUGAGCCUGCUGGAGGACAGCUGCAGAACCUCACCUGCCUUUGCAGCCAUAGUUCAUCAGUUUGAGGUUAGACCUACAGUGCCUCCUUCACUCUAAACAUACAAUGUUCGUACAUGAAUGAAACAGUCACAUGUUAAACCUCUUCCAAAUAUAUUUUUUAAUUAGUUUGACACACCACCAUGAUAUGAAAGUGUACAAACACUCAAUCGUCAAUGAUAUGUGGCUAAAUUCAAACUUACACAUGUGUAUUUCUAUUUUUAAUCAUUUUUUUGUCAUCUAAAUAACCUAUCUGGUAUAGUAACAGAUGAACAAAAUACAGUGGAGUAUUUGAAGUACAUUUUUGUCUUCUAAUUUUUUAGCAGUACAGGAUGCAAAGGCAGCUCUUUGGCACACAGAAGUUGUAGGGAAUAUGCUGCAUGCUUGCAGGGGCUUCGGUCUUAGUUUAGGCAGGUCAGUGUGGAGCAAAGCAGGUCCUAAAGAAAGUCGGAAGCUGGUAGUGGAACAGGUAUGUCGACAAGAGGAAGUCAUAAGCCAAACAAAGGCUGUGGCUCAGGCUGAGCUGGGAAAGUGUAGAGAAAAAGGGGCUUAUAGCUGCAGUGCAUGGAGGGUAACAAAGUGCAUUAGACUCCUGGUAGGGGCUACUUUUUAUUCGCUACCAUCACCCCAGGGCCUGCCUGGGAUGAUGGUCAAUAAUAAGCAGUAGAGUAGACCAAACUUGUUGUGUAUUUGAUUUCUAUCCAAAGUCUCACCUAUCCCUGACUUUUAUAAGCAGGGUUUAGAGUGUCUUUAUAUGUGUGUGUCUCUAUGUGUGUGGUACCAUAGACUGUAUAUACUAUGGACAACUUGGUUCUGCCUUCCAGUUCCAGUAUACUGAUUUGAAGCCGAAAAGCUCUCGGUAUUUCCGUGAUUUUUCUCCACUUCCUGAAACCAACAUUGUGCAGUAGUGUUGUACGCACUCCACCAUUUGCGCAGUAGCGUUGUGUACAUUUGGCAAGAGAGUCGCUGUGAUGACGCUCGGCUCAAACAGCUUAUCCCAUGGGUGAGCUAUGCAAUCCUUGCAUACCCAUAGGCUGUAUCAAGUGUCAAUCAUAGGAAAUACGAACCCCCUAAUAACUUUUAAAAACAGAGCUGUACAUAAUAAGGGGGACUUGAGCACAAACCAGUCUUACAGUAACUACAUGUCAACAUCACAACCAGGGGGGAGAAAAAUUUAUAUUCUGUGUAAUAAAUUUCUAAAGUUUGUCCACAACUCCAUAGGGAUUGCUGGAGGAGGCAGGAUUUAUGACCUAUACUGCAGCCCGUCACCAGAGGGUGCUGUUCUCGGGGUGGCUGCGCCCAGCGAGGAGGAAGACGGCGUACAUUCUAUAUACAGUCUAUGUGUAGUACAUGCAGUGACAAAGAUGAAGUACAUGUGUUGUGGGAUUAAAUUUGGUGUUUAAAGUGUAGAACUGGAUAAAAGCAAGAACUGGAAGAAACGAAACCUUUUGUGACAAACAGGCAAAGAUGCAAAUCCUGAAGGAUUGAAGCAAAAGGGAGACAGUUAAAUGAAAGCAGUAAUUUAAUUUAAAACAACAACUAUGCAGUGUUCUGUGCUGUUAAAUUGAACUGUCAUGACACCCAAAGGAAAAAUAUAGACCUUAUGUUCAGAUAUAGGAUGUUUGUUAUGGGCCACUCAGAACAACAAUUAAAUGCUGGCGUCUCCUUAAAAACAGGGGAAUCUUAAAAUUAAUGUUGGCUGCAUUUCCCACCGCUUCUUUAAGCUUCACAACAGUACACUUUUAUUGGGGUGUUAUAAUUAGCCUCAAUUAAAUGAGCUGACACAAGACGGUAUUUUCUAAACCAGUCAGCCAAAAAAGCUAUUAAAUGAUAAAUUUAAACUAUGAAACAUAUAAAACUGUAUGCUUGACAAUUCAACAGGGAGGUGGACGAAGGAGUUUUCAAUUUUUUACUCUUCGUUUUAUGGCCCACAAAAGAGAGGAGUUGGCAGAAAGUCUUUGCAGGGCUGGACAGUUUUCUCUCUCUGGUUUUAAUGGAUUGCUGCUGAAAUACCUGAGAUUUUCCCCAAACACUUUGUGUACCAACAUCAGUAAUGUACACCCAUUUAUUUAAGCUCAGUUGGCUCUGACAUAAUAAUUCUUAUUGUUCAAACUGAAACCACCAAAAAUCUAUAAAAGAUAUGAUAAUUAAUGUUGAGAUAAAGAGUUUUUCCCUUGAUAUUUACAUACAGCAUCAUCUCUCGCAGUUUUUUUUAGUUCCUUUGAAUUUUAAAAACAGUGAAGCAAAGUAAAUGAGAAUACCUUUGCCUAAGGUGCAGCAAUAAUGUGAUUCAAAAUGUUUUUUGUUUGUUUGAAAUCAGCAGCAGAGCCCAGCAGGGGAAAAAGUGUCUCUAAAACACCAGCUCCUGCAGGUCAUUGUGCGUGUAGCUCAGUACCGCAUGCUUCUCACCGGUGAGUCUUUUGUUUUGUUUUUUCCAGAAAUAAAAAGUUAAUUUCCCUCGUAAUGGUUGAGGUCAUUUUCUUCCCUCUGCUCUUACAGAUUACCUGAACAACCUCUCCCCUGAUUCCCAGGAAUAUGAAGACACCCAGUGUAAUGAAACAAACAGCAGAGUUAGAGUGGACAGAGGCGGCUCAGUGUCCCUCACAGGGGAGCUGUUCUAGCCCAUGACUGUGGCUCUGUGUUUUCACUAAAUUUAUUUUCACUCAUUUGGCAUGGAGAAAUGGCCAUCAGAGAGCCAAUUUAGAUCUUUUUGUUUGCAGUGGUAACCCACCAAACAGUCAUUUCAGCUUUUCAUAUGUGAUGGCUGUAAUGUGAAACUCAUGAGAAGGCAAGUCGCAGCAAAAUUCUGUCUUAUCUUCCAUAAAAGAGCCACAGGAGUCUCUGUGGACCGUGGACACGGCCAGGCUCCUGACUCAUGAGUUUCAUGUUUUUUUAUGGCCUUCAACUGGCAAAAUAACAAAGAAACAUAUCAAUGAGUAUAAAUAUUCUUUUCAAAUGUGUUAAUAUGGUGUCUUCCCUUACUCCUCAGCUGCUGUGGUGGUGGUGUCUGAUAUAGCAGAUCAAGCAAAUGACAGCUUAAGACAUGGGGUAAGUUUGAUGUGUUGCCAAAGAGCAAAUAUUUGAAUGGUAUACAUAUUUUAAAAAUGCAUUUACAAACUUAAAUAAGGCAAAGAGUCAGAUACUGUGACUCUUGAAUCAUAUUGAGAUUUCAAGAGGAAUAAAGUUUUGAUCUGAAACAGAUCAUUUACGAAGGAAAUGAAAGUGCUUCCAGAGCAAAUGCUGUGGAUUUUUCACAGUACAGAUCUGCAAAAAUGUUUACCUGAGAGUUGAUGUAAGAGCAAAUCUACUGUAUCAAUUUAUUUGAAUGUAACUCUUAUGUUUUUUUUUUUUAUAUGUUAAGAUAGACAAAGCUGUGACACUCAAAUGCAACUACAUCAAACUCAAGUCUAUUGAUUACUUUGGUCUAGGGCUGGGUGAUAUGGGAAAAGUUUAUUGCAAUAUAUUUUUUUCAUAUCAGUCGCUAUUGAUAUAUAUCACAAUAUAAAAAAAGAAAUUUAACAGUGCUUAUCGACUAUUGAAAGGGUAUUGACCAUGUUUUAUAAUGAUAUUGAGGGACAUUAAUUUUCAAUAUAUAUCGUUAUCGUUUUAUCGCCCAGCCCAAGUUUAGCCUAGACUAAUUAUAUCCAAUUGAUUCUUUAAAACAUGCCUACAAACUUUCUGAAAAUAAUUAUGAUCAAAAAGGAUAAUCCUUUGACUUUUGUGAUUCACUGAUAUUUUCUCCUGCAUAACUAAGCCUGUGGUUUUGAGAGAAAUUGCUGAUAUCGGAAAAUGCUCUGAUGAAUCUUGAUAGUUUUGAUUAUUAUUUGAGAAGACUUUUUUUGUGUUGGUCUGGCCCAGGUCCACGUAAAAGAAACAGGAGUUAGACAGAUAGGUUGCAGAGAAAUGGCUGCUGCCGCUCUUUUACACUUCCUCUAGCUUUGGUAUCUCAUUUACUCCCCGUGUUUGUUCUCUGUCUUUGUGUCUCAGGAGAACUUGUUGCGUCUGGUCAACAUUGAGUACAGUGUGCUCGGCCAGCGGGACCUGCUACAGCCUGGCAGGGUAUGACUCUGAUAACAGCAUUGUUUCUGUAUUUAAGUGCCCAGCCCACCCUGUCUGCCCUGCACCACCCCUGUGCUGCCCUUUACGAUCAUUCAGUUAGGAAUCCAAAGUUGGCCAGCUUUUGUUCUUCCUCUUUUCCUUUUUUUUUGUAACUUUGACGAUGGAAAAUCCCUGUAAUGUGAAGUAUCAUUUUUUAUAUUUUAUCAUCGUCAUUAUGUUUGAUUUGGUCCUGUUUGUAUGCUUUUCCAAAUUAGGUUUUUGUGAAGGAGGGCACUCUGAUGAAGGUCAGCAAGAAGAGUCGACAGCCCCGUCAUCUCUUUUUGGUAAGCACUGCUUUCCAUCAGUAAAUACUCAAUUAGACACUUUACCAUUUAUCUUACUCCUACUUGAGUGUUUCACUUCAUGUGUGUUGCCUUAAAAAUGUAAAUACAGUUGAUUCUAACAGAUGUCUUCAUAGAUUCAGGCAUUUUCUGAAUCCAGACAGGGUUAUUAAGAGCAGGGUUUCCUGACAGGAUAUUUCUGAACACUGACUUCCUGAGUUGGCUCCCUACUGACAUCACAGGAAAGGUCAACUUCAGCUCCUAUAGUGAAGGAUCCUGGUACACCUGUGACCUCCUAGGGCUAUAACUCUGACUCUAUUAGUCAAAUAUAGAUGCCUUUACUUGACUGUGUUGAUGCUCAGGUAAUCAGGGAGACAGACAUAUGCAGUCCUGACAUAAAAUUUAAAGGUACAAACUUAGCUUAUUUCAUAUAAAGUAGGUCAAACCUAAAUUAGUUUAAUUCAUGUUUGCUAAACUUCAACACAGAUAGGUCUGAAAUGUUAUAAUCCACAGACAUUUGAAAUCAAAAUCCUCUUCUUCUGGUUUUCCUGUCUAAUGGUCUAUUAAAAUGUGACACUAAAAUAGCUCAUAAAUGUCUCUUCUGGAGGAAUGUUGGUAAUCAUCGCAGCAGAAAUUCAAUCCUGCCACUUUACAAGAUAUCACAUAUUAUUUUCAGGCAACUGAAACAGCACAUAAAAUGUCUCACUGUGAAAAAUACAGAGGUUAAUGAUGCAUUUUAAUAUCAGCUUUGAUAUCUAUUUACUAAAGUGCUUCAUUCAUACAUGAUCAUAAAAAUGUUAUGUUUAAAGACCCACCAGGACAUUUUUUUUUUUUUUAAUUAAGAAGUACACAAAGCUGCUAAUUUAAUGUUCUAAAAAUAACAUCUGCUUCGACCGAAAAAUCGCAUCAAUGAGUUAUCUACUGGUCAUAAACCUUUUUCUGUGUAACCGAGUUUUAGAGUUUUUAAUCACAUUUUAUUUUGAAACAUACCUUCUAUCCUUGUAACAUACACGUUUGCUGUCCAUAUUAGACUUUUGACGUUGAUUUAAUGGACACACUGAAAUCUUUUAACCUCUUUAACUAAAAACAAUCCAAGAGUCCACACAAUAAAAGGGCUGCAGUCUGAGUCUAGUUUUAGCCCUGACAUAUUUGUGUAUCUGAUCAGUGCGUAUGAUCUCAAAGUAGUUUUACUUAAAAUGGUUUUAUCUUAGCUACUUUUUAUUGACUGUCACCAGCCGAGCUCUUAACUUAACACCUGUUUGAAAGUGUUAAUGUGAGGUCUACAUUAAUCAGUGAACGUGUGAAUGACUGAACUGUCUGAGGGCUCAGAGUUCAAGAUUUGUUUUAGCUUAGAGUGCCAUCUACUGGAGAAUUGCAGCACAAUUACAAAACGUGAAGUCUGAUGGUGAAGUGUUUGGUCCACUAUUUCACAGUCAUUCUUCUUCUUUUUUUUUUUUUUAUAUGCAUUGUGGGGAUUAACUUUAACGAUUGUUGUCCCUGUCUUUCGUCAGAUGAAUGAUGUGCUGUUAUACACCUACCCUCAGCAGGAUGGAAAAUACAGACUCAAGAAUACUCUGCAGCUUACUGGACUGAAGGUAAGUCUUUCAUUUUCUUAUCUCUCAUUGUCUAAUCUCUAAUCAAGUCAGGAAAAAAUACUUCACAAGAUCCUUUUAAUUUAGCUUUUAUUUUAUUUUUGGCCUUUUUCAUGCCUUUAUUUAGAGAUUGGACAGUAGAUAGAGUUGGAAACUAAGGAGACAGAGUAAGGACGUGUGGCCAAGGGUCAGGGAUUGGAGUAAUACCGGCCUUCAGGGUUAUAGCCACUGUAUAUGAGGGGUGCAAGUUGACCACUGAGCCAAAAAGGCACCCCUUAUAUGAAUUUUUGAGUAAAUUAUAACCUGUUUGAAGUCACCUAUUUACAGAGAUUGCAGAGAUUUUUAGAAGUGUAUGUCUCCCCUAAAUUAUCAGGCAUAAAUUAUUUUCCUCUUCUUCUCACCUUUGCUGUCUUGCUGUUAUUUAAUUGAUAUUUUUUCCAACUUAUCAGGUCAGUAAACCCAUCAUAGAAAAUGUCCAAAAUGCCUUAAGGAUUGAGGGAGCAGAAAUCUCCAUCACUCUGUCUGCAAGGUAGGUGGCACUUGACUACAUCCUCACAAAUGCUCCUACAUCAGUGUUCUGAAUAUGCUGUGUUAAUGGCCAUAUAUUGCAAAAUUACCGUAUACACUUAUAGGCUACUUUAUAAGGUACACCUUGCUAGAGUCAGAUUUUUGACUUGAGAACUGGCUUAUUUUUUUGUGGCAUACUUCUAACAAAGUGUUGAAAACCUUCUUCAAAGAUUUUUGUCUAUAUUAACAUAACAGCAUCACGCAGGUGCUGCAGAUCUGUCAGAUGCAAAUUCAUGAUAAAAAUCUCCUGUUCCACCGCAUCCCAAAUGUGCUCUAAUGAAUUUAGAUCUAGUGGUUUGUGGAGGGCACUGGAGUACAAUGAACUCACUGUCAUGGUCAAAAAACAAGUUUGAGAUUAUUUGAGCUUUGUGACAUGGUGCACUAUCCUGCUGGAAGUAGCCAUCAGAAGAUGGUUCACUGUGGUCAUGAAGGGAUGAACCCGGUCAACAACAAUACCCAGGUAGGCUGUGGGGCUUAAACGGUGCUCAGUUGGAACUGAGGGGCCUAAAGUAUGCCAAGAAAAUAUCCACCAUACCAUUACACCAGCAGCAGCAGCCUGAACCAUUGGUACAGGGCAACAUGGAUCCAUGCUUUCAUUUUGUUUAUGCCAAAUUCUGAUCCUACCAUCUAAAUGCCAUAGCUGCAUCCACUCAUCAGAACAGGUGACGUUUUUUUUUAAUCUUCUGUUGUCCAGUUUUGCUGAGCCUGUGUAAACUGUAGCCUCAGUUUACUGUUUUUAGCUGACAGGAGUGGCGCCUGGUUUGGUCUUCAGCUACUGUAGUCAAUCUACUUCAAGGUUAGACAUGUUGUACGUUCAGAGAUGGUAUUCUGCAUAUCUUGGUUGUAAUGAGUAGUAAUUCAACUUACUGUUUGGUUUGGUAUGGUCUUUAUUGUCAUUGUAACUUGUGCACAACGAAAUUGCAUUUACAGAUGGGCCUUUCUAUCAUCUCUAACCAGUCAGUCUAUUCUCUUCUGAUCUCUAACAUCAACAAGGCAUUUUUAUCUACACUGCACUCUAGAUAUUUUCUCUUUUUCAGACCAUUCUCUGUAAACCCUAGGGAUGGUUAUUUGUGAAAAUCCCUGUAGACCAGCAGUUUCUGAAAUACUUUGAUGAGUCUGUCUGGCGCCAACAACCAUACCACGUUCAAAGACUCUUAAAUCCCCUUCCUUUCCCAUUCUUAAACAUGAUUUAAAGUUCAGAAAGUUGGCUUGACCACAUCUACAUGCCUAAAUUCAUUGAGUUGCUGCCAUGUGGUUGGCUGAUUAGCUUUUUGUAUGAACAAGCAAUUGAACAGGUGUACCUAAUAAAGUGGCCUGUGAGUGUAUUUCAGUUGUAACAACCUUGUGAUUUCUGUUAAUUUUGCAGUUCCUUCAUUGAAAGAGAGGAUUGGUUUUACACUCUGAGCCGCACAGUGACUGAACAUGCCAGGGGAUCUGUAGCAUUCAACAGCGGCCUGGGAGAGGUGAAACAGCAAUAAUCCUUCUUUUUUAGUCCUUCAUUUCCUCACCAUGAGAUUGAGUCUCUUUUUCUCACCUGACCAGAGUGUGUCGAGCUCAUGUGUUAUCACAGCACAUUUCAACAGUAUGAUAGUUUUUUUUUCCCUGUUUGUGUGUGUGUGUGUGUAUUCUAGGGCAGAGACUGUCUGCGCCUGUGUCUUGGAGAAAAAGCUCCCACACUUGUUCCCGUCUCACAGGUGAUGAUGUGCAUGAACUGCACAUCAGACUUUAGCCUCACUCUGCGCAGGCACCACUGCCACGGCUGCGGGAGAGUGAGUCACACACAAAUUAAACACUGUGCUUUUUUAUAUUUCUGUAUCUGUUUCACAGCAUCCAACAGGGCCCGCCAAGUCUUUGUUGGUGUGAAUUCCCCCAUUUUAUGCUGUUUUUUUUUUUUUUCAUCAUACCUAAGCAGCAUUUAUGUUGUUUGAUGCAGAUUGUCUGUCGGAGCUGCUCCAGGAACAGAUUUCCACUGAAGUACAUGAACGAUCGCAUGGCCAAAGUGUGUGAUCACUGUUACAAUGAGCUAAAGAAGAGAGGUGAGAAUUCUCUGCUUUUAUACAUAUUUAAUGUUCAAUAACCAGUUUGACUUUACCGAUUAGAAUACAAAUAUUAGUGUGCUAUUUCUUACUAUUACCAAGAGGAGCAACAUAGUAACCCCAUAACUGGUAAAUUAUAUUGCUGAUCAGUAGAUGUGACCCACCAUCAGGCCAGAGUUGACAAAAAUAUUUAUUUGACUCAAAGAUGAUUCAAAAAAAGUUUUACAUUUAGAAAAUAAACAACAAAUGUCAAACUAUGUGUAAGACCCCUCUGUGUAAGUUGAACCUGGAAACUGUUAUCCAAGAGAGGUUUGAUGGACUCUGGAGUAAAAGAAAAGACUGAAGUAAAAUUCACAUUGUGCUGCACAGUUCAGUUUAGUACAAAACAUAUACAAUGUAAAAAAAAAAGAAGCUGAAACUGAGGUUCACUGGAAAAGAAAAACCUCCUUGAUGCAGAGAAGGAGUUUACGUUUGCAAAACAACAAAAGUUUAUCGUGUCUCUUCAAGUCCCACCAGAACUCAUGCAUGUCUUUUUGGUUCAAUGAAAAAAAAAGCGUGUAGCCUCAGCUGCAGUGUAAUUCAUUACCAAAUUUUUACCUUUAACCCAUCAUGCAUUGUUCUACUUUUGAGCUGAAUUGUGUACUCCCACAGGGGACGAUGUGACUGCUCUGUCAGGUAAGGGCAGCCCUCGUCCAAACCGCUCCAGUCGUCCGCUCUCUGCUGUGUUCCAAAAUAUUCAUCCCCCAAAUAUCUGGAGACAUCGCAAAGGCACUGCCUCCUUCACUCAGGUACACUACACCCCCUAUGUGUGCCUGACACUUCUCAGCUAGGGGUGUUAUAAAUGCACAAAACCAGAUGGAUUAAUAGUAUCAGAUGACAGCUGUGUUUUUUGAGUGUUUUCAUCAGCUUGUUCCUGCUCUCUUGCUGUUCAGGUGACAGUGUCAGAGGAGGGCUCCAUCAGCGGCAGUCUGCAGUGCAGCAAGAAGAGCAAGAGAAGCUGGAAAAGGCUGUGGUUCCUCCUGAAAGACAAGGUGCUUUACACCUACAGAGCUCAAGAGGUGAGGGGAAACAUGCACUCCCCUUUAACCUGAAUAACAUACAUUUACUUUAACAUAGUGAGACUAAAGCCAUCAGGUUUUUCUUUGAAAUAAUUGUAAGUACUGAAAUGUCAGCAGCUACACUUUGGUAUCUCAUGAGCCAUUUCUCUACCUACAGGAAAAAGUAGCAUCUGAAAGUUUACCUUUGCUGGGAUUCACAGUGAAGCUUCCUGACAGAUACGAAGGAGAGGAGGAGGCCAACAUUUUCCACCUUUACCACAAAAACACUUUGUAUUACAGCUUUAAAGCAUCAGACAACUACACAGCCCAGAGGUGAGACAUGUAACUAAUAACUCCUAACUCAUAUUAGUUUCUUUAAAGAUUGACAGCAUACAGAUUGAAGUCAUACUGUCAAAAGUAAUUCCUAAAACUUAAGUAUUGGUGUCUGGAUUGCUUACAAAUGCUUCAAUAUUUAUAAUUUAGAGUUUAGGGUUGCUUUGUUUUGCACAGCAGCAAUGGGUGGAGUGAGUUUUAUGACAGUAAAAAAUGUGCAUAACCUACUUCUUAAGUUUAGAAAACUUUCAUCUCUUAAAUUCAUGAGCAGGCUUCAGAAUCAGCGUAGAAGAUUACGUUGCUAACAGGCAUACCAAUUGACUUAAUUUUUUUGGCACAGCUUCAGAUCAUUCUGUGUGUUCCCAGUUUUAAAAUCCACUCCUCAUACAGGUGGGUAAAUGCCAUGGAGGAAGCCACAGUUUUAUAGGAUCAGCUGCUCUGGUGAGACGUCUGGAAAAUGAAGUCUGAUACCUUUUCUUCUACAACAAACCGACUGUGAAAACAAAAAGGGAAGAUAACUUGAUAAAGUCUGCACGUCAAAACUUGCCUUGCUGAACUGAAUCAAAGAAGACAUGAAGUUCUUCGAAAGGGGACAUGAUUACCUACUUUGUCACCCUCCAGUGUCCCCUGCCUGCUGCUGCAGCAGGUGUGAAGCUUAGACCCUCGACAGGCACUGGCCCAGUUACUCACAAGUGUGGAACCGUAUGUGAUGUGACCUGUAUUUCUUCCCAGAAGCUGAUCAGAGACAGUCCUCGGGAUCACAGGGAGGAUUUGUGGGGAAAGGAAAGACCUGCUUUGAUUUUAAUUCUUUUUUGCAUAUACCAAAUGACUCAAAACCACAUAACAAAUCAUUUUAGUAACUGAACAAAAAAAAUCUGGUUUCCAUGGAAGCAAAAACUGACAAAUUCAACCCUGCUCUGAAGGACCUAAAUCUGGAUUUUCCUGCCGAAUAAAUUAGAUAUGCUUCUAUUUCUACAUGUGUUCUUCCACUGGAUUAAAUGCCUCUCUGUGACUCAUAUUUUCAAAGCACAGGCCGCAUCAAAGAUAAGUAAGACAAAAUAUAUCGAAGUGUUUGCAGAUUACUAUUUACUGUUUUAUGGGAGACUGCUCUGCCAGUAGUGAAAAUGCCUUUUUAAACUAAUAUUAAAGGGAAUGGACCUAACAAGAAACAUGUUUACCUGCAUCUCAGAGGCCAAAAACUUCAGCUACUGUACUUGACCUAAUUUACUUAAUGUGCUUUUGUAUUGAGAAGAUUUGUGGAUUUAUUAUCUUGAAUAUUGGAAUCACAAGUAUGUUAAUUCAUUUUGAUACUAAGGUUCAACAUCCAGAUAUGCACAAGUUGGCCCUGGAUUAGACUUUGUACUGUACUUGUAUUUGUUUGAAUGUCUAACAAUAUUUUAAAGUUCAGUAAAGAGGCUCUAACAAUGAAAACCAUCCUUGUGUUUUCUGUGCACUCUCUUUCUGUCCUCUAGGGGGCUUAACAUCCAAAUUUCACCAGGCUGACAUUGGUUUCCUGUCACUCAUUAAGCUCUGUAAACACAACAGUAAAAUAAAAAACGAAAGCAUCAGCCUGUAUGCUGCCCGGCAGUUUGCUCUCAAAUUGAAGACCCUAUUUAUGAGCACAUCUUAUCUGGUCUAACAUGUGGUCCAUGUGUGGUCUGUUGUAAUGAAACGCCAAGCUGGCUGUGUGGUUCAAAUCACACCCUGUGCUGUUUGGGAGGCUGACACAGACCAGUGUGCAGUAUGGCCAAAGAAAGGCCAGGCCUGCUCUGCUUCUCAUUACCCUCUGAGAAUUCCUGACCCAGAAUAUUUUCAGGCACAUUUUCAGGCAGAAAGUUUGCUAUCUGGGGCUCCUGAAAAGUUCUUCUUACCUCGCCCUAUAUAAAGGACAGAUCAUUCAUCACUUUGCUCUCCCCUCUCUUGCCCCAUUUCUGUUCCCUCCCCUCUCUUUUGCAUCACUUUUUAAUUUCUCAAACCUUGGCUGUAUUUUUUUUUCCCCUCAGUUGUCCUUAGACACCAAAACUCCAUCAAAAAGCACAGGUUUUAUAAGAUCAUAUAAUCUCACACUCUGUGCACCUGUUCCCUUUCCCUGAAUCCUCCCACUGUGAUCUAGUCCCUUCUGUUCAGUGCAUUUUGUAAAUACUGCUUGAAAAUGUGCCUGAUUCGAUGCUCGGACAAUCCUAAAACCAACUCAAGAAAGAACCUGAGUAAUCCUGAAAUGAGAAGUGAACUAUCAGCUUCUUAAUCUAAAACAUGUAAUAUCAUGUUUGUAUUUUAAACAUACUUCUGCUAAAGUUCAUCAUGUCACACCUCCGCUGCUAAAACAGGAAAUCACUCAUAUGAGCUUGGAGAACAGCUAACAGUGCCAAAACUGAAAGGCAGAGUUGCUCCUCUGCAGUUUGCCAUGCUUCUAUUAAUUAAAAAUAACAAAUGACGAAAGCUUGCUGUCGCCAGAUGGUGAGAAAGAUUUUUCUUUAUAGCAGGGCAGCAACAGUGUCAUAAUCCAAGCUCAUGUCCAUAUCGCUGCAGGCAGGAGUGCUGUAGAGAGAAGCAAAUAAUCAAUCACACACACAGCCUACUCAAUAAGGUUGGACGCUUUCAGCUCUGUCAUAUGUGCUCAGCCUCAGGAGUCAUUAAAAAGUGGUGCCAUGAUAGGCUGAAAAAUUGUUCUUUGUCAGCUGUUUCUUUUUUCUUUCCUUGACCCAUGCUGUGGCAAACUUUUUAAUGGCAAACUCAAACUAAGAAACUUUCAGGCCACUUUCAGUUUGAGCCUGAAAAGGCGGUGCAGUGUUUGUGUUCAUGUCGUGAGUUCCAACAGCAUGCCUUCUCAUCUUUCAUAGUGUUGUGUGGGUGGUAGAUCCUCGGGGGAAAGGAAAGAUCUCAUUACAUAAUAGGCAAGGGUCUGAGUAGAAACACUUUGAAUUAGGACAUGUGUGGAAAAAAAGCAGUAUCCACUUGACAUUGGCUCGACAUUUCUGGGUUUGCACCUUGUCUUGUUUCCCUUGGGGGGAGAGGGAGAGAGGAAAGAAAGAGUUAGAGGGACUGGAAGGAAAGCAAGACACUCUCAUAUGUCCCACUUUGCAAACUCUUUGCAGCCCACACUGCCAAGUCAAUGUUACACCUAUUCCACCUCCCCUUGGCUUUAAAUAGCUUUCUUUCUUAACAGGACAAACAGAAAAUUUCAGCUUUCAGCACUCUCUGCACCUCUGGCUCAACAUUUAUUAUCCCUGUUGCCUAAACAUGGAGGCCCCUUCGUGCUCCUCAUUCUUCUGUGUCCAUUCUGUCACUGGCAGCUAUCCACAGAGAAAGUAGUGUAAACAUGUGUCAACAGGGCCAGCAGCUGUCAAUGAGGGGUGUUUAAUCUGUCUGGAGUGUCUGGUUAAACAAGAACAUAGAUAAAUCCAGACAUUUUUGACUUAGGUGGCUCAAACUUAUGGAUGAAUACUAUGAAUAAUGAUUGGCUUUAUUCUUCUGUUCUGUCUUCACCAGACAUAUCUAUUUUAACAACAACAUUUUUGUAUAAAAAUGUUAUUGACCCCUUUUGGUGGGCGGUGCUUGGGAGUAAGCAAAACAGUCCUCCAGACAUGUUAAACAACUCUAGCUAGCAAGUUGGUUUUGGCUUGUUUUUGUCAAUGGCAUGGGAUAACACUGAAUAUAUGAAGUUACUUCCGGUCUAGGACCUAGUGUCACUUGGUUACCAUAACAUACAAAUGGGAACAGAUUGCCCAAGCUUUUAUGCUCUCACUCGAUGGAUGGAUAAUUUGACAGGACUGCAAAAGCUGGAAUCCCCAGACAUAACUCUCAGCUGAUAGAGAAAACAAGUGUUUUUAUUCGAGACAAACUUCUGAUUCGAUGGGCAUAAUAAUCAAUUAUAAACACAAUUUCGUUUUUGAUGAUCGACUCCAUAUCACUUCUAAAAGGUCCUACGUAAGAUGAAAAGAAGAAGAACUUUAUUUAUCCCUUUUAAAUUUUUUUAUUUUAACUUAACUAAGUUGAAGAACAAAAGUGGCAGUAUUGGAAUCUUCUUGCCUUCAGUUUUUGCAGACUCAAAAACUUUUUUGCAGACUCAAAUACUAUCCAAAUACUACGAUUUAAAGUAUACAAGGAAUGUGCGACAUAAAAAAAAGAACUAAGACAGCCAUCAGCAAGCUGUUGUAACACAGCCAUAAAAUAGUUGAUUCACCAUAAGUCCCACCUUGAAAAGGCAAAUAGCCAGGAAAAGUUUUGUAUUUCAGGCUGGUACAUGUGGUGGCUGAUCAGAUUUAAUGGGGGAUCAGGCCACCCUUGGCUGCCAAUUUGGAUCCACCCCUGGACAAGAUCAGGAUGUGGUUUAUUUUUUAAUUAUAUUUUAAGAAAGUCAUUUUUAAGGAGAAUACACUUACAUGCUUUUUGGGGCCAAAUUUGAUGAGAAAAUUGAUUUUAUUGUCCCGCCUGUCAUAAACCUGCUCCUAUUUAGCUUAGUUUAGUACAAGGACUGAUACUGGACUUCUAGCAGUAAAGCUUGCAUGGCUCUGUCCAAAGGAAAUAAAGCUACCUACUCUUUGUAGCUUAAUUUGAUCUAAUGAGUUGGGUGUUAUGGGAGUUUAUGUGCUGAACUUUUUCUCGACUUGGAGCAGUUGCUAAGUAAUCAGCAAAGACUUCAUGGAAACACUGCUCCAAGAAAAGGUAGUAGUAUUGUUGCCCUUUGUUUCCUUCAAACUUAAAGAGGGGGUAUUAUGCUUAAUUUUUGGAUUAUUAUUGUCCCUCUGAUCGCUUCUUAGCAGCUUUGUCAAACAAGCUAUUGUCAAACAAGUAACUGACCAACCUCAAUCCAAAUGCUUUGUAAUAGAAAGAGAGUGGAAAGGAGUUUAAACUUGUGACCUUUGAUCAAAUAUGAUCUUUAUAAGGGCAUUACAAAAUUUAACCAAAGACUGAUUUUCUUGUGUUCUUGCUAUAUCUAAAUUGAUGUUCUGGGUCAAUGACUGUCUCAAAUUCAUCAUAAAAAGACAAAAACUGAGGUUUAUUUUUGGGCUUUCUUUUGGUGUUGACCCCCCAAAACAUUACCAACUUAUUCACAGCAAUAGAGUAUGCAAUUUUCUUUGACUGUGCCCUUACAUUGCCUUUUUAGGUGUAUAUGCCAGCUUCAUUCAUAGGGAGUUCCUGUGUGGAUCUUUAUCUGGCUCUUUUUAAGCUCUGUGCGCUAUAUUUAUGCUGCUUGUUUCUACAUCCUUUUCAUCCCACUGCUGGAUCAUGACAGUGGGUUUGUGUGGUUGUGUUUUCUUGGCGGGGGAUGGAAGGGAAGGGGUUACCCAAGCUUGGAAUGGGCAUCUGUCAGUAGCAGAGAAGAGGAGCUAGGCAAAGCAGUCUUAUGUGCACACACCUUGUCUCCUGUAGACUUCCUGUAUUUACCAUGAGUCAGAUUGUACGAUUAUAUAAGCUCUUUAAGGAGAAAGGGGAACACUGACACACCUGCACCCGGUCAGUUGCACCGAAACCUGUAGAUUUCCCAGUAUUUUAUUCAUGACUUAAGAUAGGGAUAACUGCUUUUACGUGCAAAUACUUAUGGUAUAUUUGGGUAGGCUAUUGACUGUGUGUGUGUGUGUGUGUGUGUGUGUGUGUGUGUGUGUGUGUGUGUGAGGGGGAUGCUUGGCAUGAAUUAAAUAAAGACUUGGAAAAUUUGAUAUUUUUUUUAGAACAAGAAAAAACAAUUUGGCUGCAAGAGAGCCAAAUCUGCCAACUUCUUAACAGAAAAAUCCACGAAACUGCCCCCACAGCCUUAAGCACCAAUCACGUGGCCCCAUCCUCUGCCACACGUAGCCUACACCUACUAAUAGUACCUACACAACAAGACCACACUGUAAUUUAGGGCACACUCAGCGUCAAUGCUAUAUCUUUAUAAGAGGUGAUGCGCUUCUUACUUGAGUUUUUAUUUUUAUUUUUUAAACUUUUUGGUGAGUAUGACAAGUAAGGGGUAAGGUGACCAUAGGAGCGGGGUAAGUUGAGCCGUAUCCCUACUACCC